GUGCUUCGGAUUUGUUAGAUGGCGCUGUUACUUAAGAUUAAGAUACGUUUGACAAUCCGCUUCAAAAAACAUGGCUGCGAUGGACAUACAUCGUACCUACUUCAGUGGCCAAACUCGGGCACAUCUUUCUUAGACUUAAAAUAAUUAUAUAACAAUUUAUUCUUCAGUUAAUUAAAGUUCUGCUUUCAGUCCGAGUACUCCCAGUUAUCGUCAGCCCAGGAAGAACAAAGAAGCUAAAAAACCGUCUAGAACUAUGCCUGUAGUGGAUGAAAAAACUAUGCUUGCUGAAAUUAUGAGAGUUAUUAACAAAUUCGCUCUGACUACCCAAGAUGAAGCAGAAGUAAACAUAGACGAUGCAGAUAGAGGGCUCCCUUCAAUAAAGCUAUACUUCAAAGGCGCUCACACUUCACUAGUAGUCCGUGCGGAAGGGAGACAGUGGCACUACAUCAUUGGCCCUCCCUCUCUGUUCCCCGAAUGGUUUCACGAAGAGCACGAAGUUCAACAGGACGCGAUCGGCUCAUACGUCGAUGUUCCUAAAGAUGUGAGCGGCGAGUUUUAUAAAACUCUCUGUCAUUUGUUGACCAUGUUUAUUAGUUUUCCAGUUUAAGCAAACA